GGGGCGGGCUUUUUGAUGAAGGGCCGGCGGUGGGAAAGAUGGCGGCGGCUCUGAGACCCUCCCGGUGGCAGUGGUGGCGGCGGCGCGCGUGGGCUCGGGACGGGUUCAGGCUAUUGGUCCUUCUCCUUCUGUUGGGGUCCGGGCAGGGGCCGCGGCACGUCAUGGCGGCUCAAGCGGUGGAGUACUUGAAACGGGAGCACUCGCUGUCGAAGCCCUACCAGGGUGUGGGAACAAGCAGCUCUUCGCUGUGGAACCUGAUGGGCCAUGCCAUGGUGAUGACGCAGUAUAUCCGCCUCACUCCAGACAUGCAAAGUAAACAGGGUGCCUUGUGGAAUCGGGUGCCGUGUUUCCUGAAGGACUGGGAGCUGCAGGUGCACUUCAAGAUCCAUGGACAAGGGAAGAAGAAUCUGCACGGAGAUGGCCUGGCAAUCUGGUACACAAAGGACCGAAUGCAGCCAGGGCCUGUCUUUGGAAACAUGGACAAAUUUGUGGGGCUGGGAGUGUUUAUAGACACCUAUCCCAAUGAGGAGAAGCAGCAAGAGGCCCAGAAGAGGCGCUAUUCUCCAGGAGUCCAGCGGGUGUUCCCCUACAUCUCAGCUAUGGUGAACAAUGGCUCCCUCAGCUACGAUCACGAGCGGGAUGGGCGGCCCACGGAGAUAGGGGGCUGCACAGCCAUUGUCCGCAAUCUCCGAUAUGACACCUUCCUCGUGAUUCGCUACGUCAAGAGGCACCUGACGAUAAUGAUGGAUAUUGAUGGCAAGCAUGAGUGGAGGGACUGCCUCGAGAUGCCUGGGGUCCGGCUCCCCCGGGGCUAUUACUUCGGCACUUCCUCCAUCACUGGGGAUCUCUCUGAUAAUCAUGAUGUCAUUUCUAUGAAGUUGUUUGAGCUGACCGGAGUGAGGACCCCAGAAGAAGAAAAGCUACAUCGAGAUGUGUUCCUGCCCUCAGUGGAUAAUCUGAAGCUGCCUGAGAUGACAGUACCACCAACGCCCAUGAGUGGCCUGGCCCUAUUUCUCAUCGUCUUUUUCUCCUUGGUGUUUUCUGUAUUUGCCAUUGUCAUUGGUAUCAUACUGUACAACAAAUGGCAUGACCAGAGCCGAAAACGCUUCUACUGAGCCUACUGCCAUCAAUCCCUCUAUGAUGUUUACCCAUGAGAUGUGGGUCUGGGCAUACAGUCUGGCAAGUCAGCUUGAGUCAUCAGCUGUUGUUGAGGGACUGUGUUCUGACACUGGAGCUUUGAAUGCAGGGACUCUGCAUUCGCAUGGUCAUCCACAGGAACAUCUCACUGGCCCAAGACACCACCUACAGGGCCGAGCAACUGUGAUGUGCCUUUCCCUGCUGUCCUCCCACUUAGGAGUGAAGAGACUUGGAGAACUACUUAUUGUGAUGCCUAAAUUACAGAUUUGCAUAGAUAGCCCAAGCAUGGACUGGACACAGUGGCCUUCUACAUUUUCAGAUUCCCAAAUAGAAAACCAAGCUCAUACAAUCUGGAAACCCACUGACUAGUUUUUGCUUUGCCCAUGCCCCUUUCUGCCUGAGGAGCCCGUUGGCAAGCUGGACGGAGAGUUCUGCCUCACCUGCCUCUGCCUCCCUCCACUCACUGUCCUCUCUGUGCAUCCUGAGCUAAGAAAGAAGCUCACAUUAGCUCAUUGCCCUCUGCUCCCUGCUGGCCCCAAGUCUUGUUUUUGACUGUUGCUGUGUCUGUAGCUUUCCUAAUCAGAGCCUUUCAGGCCUUUGGAUGGUUUGGCUAAAAGUCGUUACAAAUCAAGAGAAGCUUAGACAAGUUCACAGGUUCCGGGAGAUUACCUGUGCAGUCAGCCAGGUCCAGGUGUGCCGCACAGAGCUGCGUUCGCUGUAGCUGCCUGUAUAGAGGUAGUCUGGACACACUGGAGUCUGCCUAGUUGCAUGUUUUGUGUUUGCCAUGCUUCUUGGGAUCCUGCUUUGAAUGUUGGAAGUAAAAAGCAGCCUUCUUCUUCCCUGGACUUGGACACGCCCUAAGAAGAGCUGAUGUCAUGUUACAAAUCUCUUGAGAGCAGAAGCCCUCACCCCUGUGCCUGGAAGAGCUCUGAUGGUGGAGUGGCCGGUGUGUCACCCUUUCCACUGCCUUAUUCCACAGAUGUCACGUGCUGCUCACCUCUCCGCCCUGUGAUGAAAUUGGUUACAGGCCAGUCUUCCUGGGGGGCCUGAAACUGAGUUCUCUGUAGCCCAAAGGAAAGUCUUAAAGUAGCUGAUGGAACCAAUCAUGAGUUCUGGCUCAGUGGCCGUCUCCUAGGGUGGACUUAGUGGGGAGGCUCCCACCUUUUCCUGAGCCUCAAGUAUGUCAGCUCUUACCCUACCCCUCCUGGGUAGCUGGGGAAACCCGCACGGUCAUCCCUCACCCUGUCCACCCCACACUAGGAGAAAGGGUCACCCUUGCUGCCCCUGGGUGUUCCUCUUCUCGGGCCUCUGUGCUCGAUUAAACAGCAUGGUGUGCGCUGCAAAGGUGGGGUGCAGAGAGCCUCGGUGUACCGUCCUACAGUAGCAGAAGAGCUUAAGGGGAGCCAGGGCAAACUAGGAUGUAGAACUUGGCCCGGGACCAGGAGCACUGACUAGAAGUGAUAGUUUUGUCUGUUUGGAGCUCAAAGGAAGAAUGGGUGGGUCUGUGGGAGAGGACCUCAGUGGGCUAUUGAGAGGACUCUCAUAGCAGUGGGACAGAAAGGAUUCCCUCGGGAGAGGAGUAGGAGGGAGAGAGUCAGCUCUGUGCGGUUGCUCUGUGAGGACCUUGAUGCUUUUACAGGAGGCCAGAAGAUAUGACCUGGAGUUCCCACGUAGCCUGGGAACCAGUCUUUUCCCCUUUGAGAAGUGUGCACAGGAAAGCCACCCAUGCCAGGUGGUGGUAGUGCACCUUUAAUCCCAGCUCUUGGAGACAAAGGCAGGUGGAUCUCUGAGUUUGAGGCCAGCCUGGUCUACAGAUCAAGUUCCAGGACAGCCAGGGCUACACAGAGAAACUGUGUCUCGAAAAACCAAAACCAACCAACCAAACCCCCACCCAUUCAGCAUCAUGCAUCCUGCCCCAGCUCUUUUUGUGGCAGAAACGAAUGUUUCCCACAACGAGUGAGGCUGUCUUUGUGGGCAUUGUGGCCCAGAAUGUGCCCUGGAGGAGCCAGUGCCUGUCCCUGGUAUGACUCGUGUACACUUGCUCACACCUGGGUAAGCCGUGGCCUCAGUAUAUGACUCACAGUUACCCUUUCCCUAGUUUCUCUGUCAGAGCCUCACACAGAAGAAAAACAGGACUAGAUGGGGCGAUUAAAUGUGGCAUCGUUCCCAAGUCUCAAAUAAAGAGCUGGCAUUUUCA